AUGUCUUCCUACCGCAUGCAGGCCGUGCAGCGUGGCGGCAAUGAAGGGCUUGAGAGCUCUUCUGGUGACCAUGCACUCACCUCUCACACUUCUUUGCCUCACAUCAAUAGUGAUGGCUUCUUCACCUUGCUUCCUCCCUUUGUCUCGCGGGCCUCGCCUAAGAAGCGUCACCAUGAGUCCAUGGUUGACUUGCCUGGGCCCCGCCUUCCUCAAGUCCCUGUCUCGGAGAGCUACGUGAGCUCAGCUCUGUUCACCUCCGAGACCAGCACUUACGCCGUUCCUUCCAUCGAGUCGUCACCCAACCGACUCGGUCUCGUCGCCCGCCGCUCCUCCUCCGACCUCUCCGUGCACUCGCUCGCCAGCCUGGAGGUCACCCCAAAUGGCCUCGCCGAGCCGUGUCACGACUCUCAUUGGGAUGCUGAGGUCACCUACCUCAAUGGGACCCAUGACUCCGACCUGGUGCAGGAGAUGCAACCCGCACCCUGCUAUGUGCCCUACGCACAGCCCAUUCUGGCCAAGGUCGCUUCAGUGGACAGCGACGGGAUCCACUCUCUGUAUUCUGAAACAGAGCAGUGCCCAGCGAUGAUAUCUCACAUUGUCGCUGCCCUGAACACCCGGACCCGACCCGACAAGCAGGCCGUGCAACGACCAAGCCUCCGGGGACACUUCAUGGCGAGUCUGCAGCGCAAGCCAAUCCACUGCGACUACAUCAAGUCUCUCCGCGACAUUCGCGCUGAACCCAGCAGCGACGUUGCGCCCCACGGAUGGCUGAUCGAAGAAGGCUCCGUGGUCAUCGGAGUCGGCCCCUCGUACGUGGUCUCAACCGGAGAUGACCAGCCUCUGGACCAGCUUGACCUCAAAGAAGGCAAGCUCUACGUCGUGGAGCAAAUCUUCGGCGACAUGUGGGCGCUGUGCUCCGAGUUCUCCACGAGCCAGUCCAACCGCCACGGCAAGGUCGCGGGGUCUCCCAAUAGGCUUGCGGGUUUGGGCUUCCUUCCCCUGUGCGCGGUAACCCUGGCCGCCAACUACGGGACCUUCCUGGAGCGCUGUCGGGAGUACCGACACUCUCCUGACCAGAGCCUCUUGACCCCAGCAAAUGGUGGUCGUGUCUUGCCUUCUGUCCGCGUCCAAAGCGUGGAUGUCAGCCGUGAGAUGGACUACUGGUCCCUCCGAGGGCGGCAGGCCUUUAAACCUAAGAAGGCCCAUGCCGUUUGCCAGAAGUUCCGGCCCAUCGGCGAGAACGACGAUGAAUGGGAGCCCAAGGAUCCCUUCAACCAUUUCAAGCGCAAAGUCCCGAGUCUACGGCGAGUCUGGAGAAAGCUUAAGCCUGAAAAGCUUGAUGUCAAGACGGGGAUUCGAGAUCUUUGUGGCUGGGUCCGGGGUCAUUGA